CCCCCAUCUCUGGAAAAAAGGAAGGAAAAAAAUGGCUGAAUCAUUUCUGUAUAGUGUUCCAGAAAACAUUAUGGGAAAGAUAGCCUCUCUUGCACUGCAAGAAGUUUCUUUGGCAUGGGGUCUUGAGAGGGACUUGAAGAAGCUUGAGGACAACUUAACAAUAAUAAAAGCUGUGUUACUGGAUGCAGAAGAGAAGCAGGCACAUAGCCAAGCGUUGCGCCUUUGGCUUGGGAGGCUUAAGAAUUUUUGUUAUGAUGCUGAAGAUGUGCUGGACGAGCUCGAGUAUGAAGGCUUGCGCAAACAAGUUGUGAAACAGUACGGACACACCAAAAAGAAGGUAACACGCUGUAGAUGCCCGAAUCUACAAUCGUUGAAUAGUCUACGUAAUUUAUACAGAGGCCUUCUACAGUGGGAUCCUGAAAAACAAAGCAAGGUUAAGAUCAAUUUGUCCCCCACUCUCGGAGUUAGACGAAGUCUGGCUGCGAGAGUAGUUCGUUGUUACUAUUAUGAGACGGAAGAGAAGACGUUGACGGAAACGAGGAUAUUGGGGGAGAAGGAAGUUGAUCGCCCGCCGCUUGAGUUGGCGGAUUCGAAGAGAGUGGCGGCGGAUGCUAUUCGAAGGGUCGAAAUGGUAGUCAACGAGAUGGAGGGGUUCAGGACGCCGGUCGCGGAUGCUAAGGCGGGGGAGCAUAAGGCAAAUAUGGGUGAAUUGGUGGCUUUAGAGAAGUUGGAAGCGGCCGACCGUCAAAGGCGAGAGAUGAAUGUUACUAUUUUGACUUUUUGA